AUGUCUUCGUUCCGCCCUGCAUGGCUACCUAUUCUUUUCGUCAUCACAGCCGUCCUCUGUUGUCUGAGGCCUGCCUCUGUGCGCGCUGGGGCUUCCUCGUCAACGUCUCGCGGACGCUACACCGGAGCGGCGAAGCUCGGUGGUGAUGGAACCGAGCCCGGCAUGGUCAAUUCGAGACAUGAGGACAUGCAACGUCUCUCAGAAGUCGCACCCUCGUCUCCCCAACUUCCUGCAGAGCUGUCCAUAUUUAAUUCUCCCAACAUCGUCAUGGAACCGGCGAUCCGUGUGCUUCCUUCGAAGCUCCACAACCUCGGAUUUCGGCACGCUACUGUGACUUUCCACGAUUCCAAGUAUGCCAACCUCAACCGAAUCGAAGAUCUGGUCUUGACUCAGAUGAAAAGCAAUCCCGACAGGAAGCAAUUCAUGCCGAUUUUCAGUGGAAGCGCCAUGAAAACGUAUGCCAUGCCGCUUGACCACAGCGCGGUAGCUAGAUGGCCAAACAGUGUUGGUCGGGUCGCUGGAAAGGACGACGUCAGCAAAGCCGCCAUCUUGAGUGUCUACGAUUCUGGCGAGCUUGCAGGAAUGGGCCGUAGCAUCCGGCUGUAUGGCAUAGUGAAGAUCAAGAAUGCCAACACUCUGCAUCAGCCAUCGAGUCAGGCGGAGCAGCUGAUGCACAAUGUACCGGAGAUGUUGCGUCUCUGA